AUGCACUGGGGACCCCUGUGUCGAUUCCUGUGGCUUUGCCCCUGUCUGGCCUACCUUCAAGCCGUGCCCAUCCAUAGAGUCCGGGAUGACUCCAGAGCCCUCAUCAAGACAAUUGUCACCAGGAUCAAUGACAUCUCACACACGCAGUCAGUCUCCUCCUUACAGAGGAUCGCUGGUUUGGACUUCAUUCCUGGGCUCCAGCCUGUACUGAGUUUAUCCAAGAUGGACGAGACAUUGGCUGUCUACCAGCAGAUUCUCACCCGUCUGCCUCCCAGAAACGUGGUCCAAAUACUUAAUGACCUGGAGAACCUCCGGGACCUUCUCUACCUACUGGCUGUCUCCAAGGGCUGCCCCUUCCCUCAUUCCAGUGGCCUGAAGACCUUGGAGAGCCUGGAUGGUGUCCUGGAAGCCUCACGCUACUCCAUGGAGGUGGUGACCCUGAGCAGGCUGCAGGCAUCCCUGCAGGACAUGUUGCAGCAGCUGGACCUCGGCCCCAGGUGCUGA